GAAGAAUAAUGAUAACAAAUUUUCUUUUAUCAUAAAGAUUAUUUUACUAAAAAUAGAGCAAUCAGCUUCGUCCUUAUGCUAAUCAAAAGGAAUUUAAGUUGGCCGUAAAAAUCCUCUGAAAAUCUUUUCUCCAUCGCUGCGGAGCUUGAGUGAAUAAAAAUGGAGUCUUUGAUCCAAAUCUCAGCGUCCCCAACUCCCCUUCUGUCUCUUCGCCUCAACAACAAUGGCCACCAUCCCACCACCCACAUCUCUUUCGCCUCCAAGUCCUUUGCCUCGCCAUUGCUCUCCGUCUCCGCCUCGUCCGAGAAGCCCGUGGUCGUCGUUGGCUCCGCCAACGCCGAUAUCUAUGUUGAGAUCGAUCGCUUGCCCAAGGAGGGAGAGACUGUCUCCGCCCGCUCCGGUGAGACGCUCGCCGGCGGCAAGGGCGCCAACCAGGCCUGCUGCGGUGCCCUCCUUUGCCCCCAUGGUCGUUCCACUUUCUUCCUUGGCCGCGUCGGUAGUGAUGCUCACGGACAAUUGAUUGAAGACGCACUGUCGGACGGCGGCGUGCGGCUCGACCGGCUCCAGCGUGUGGAGGCGGCGCCCACGGGCCAUGCUGUGGUAAUGCUGCAGGAGAAUGGGCAGAACUCGAUAAUCAUCGUUGGCGGGGCUAAUAUAUGGGGGUGGCAGGAUGAGGUGAUGGUUGAGGACUUGGAGGUGGUGAAGGAUGCUGGGAUUGUGUUGCUGCAGCGCGAGAUCCCUGACCGCGUUAAUUUGCAGGUUGCUCAGGCGGCACGAAGAGCAAAUGUUCCGGUUAUCCUAGAUGUUGGAGGGAUGGAGGGUCCUAUCUCAAAAGAGCUUAUUAACGUUGUGGAUAUUUUGAGCCCAAAUGAAACAGAGCUAGCACGCCUGACAGGAAUGCCAACAGAGAAUUUUGAACAAAUUACUCAUGCUGCUAUGAAGUGCCAUGAAAUGGGUACUAAACAAGUUCUAGUAAAGCUUGGUGAGAAAGGUUCGGCUUUAUUUAUUCAAGGGCAGGAGCCUAUUAGGCAGCCUAUCAUCACCGCCAAGAGAGUUGUUGAUACCACUGGAGCAGGAGAUACAUUUACUGCUGCUUUUGCCGUCGCCCUUGUGGAGGGCAAGUCCAAAACAGAAUGCUUGAAAUUUGCAGCUGCGGCAGCCUCUCUUUGUGUACAAGUGAAAGGGGCGAUUCCAAGUAUGCCGAAGAGGGCAGCAGUUAUGAAGCUUUUAGAUUCUCUUUAAAAGAGUUUGCUCUACCAUAAUCUACUCGUCAAGGAGAAGUACAUCUUUCAAGGAUUCUGGGGAAACCUGUUAAACAAAAGCGGAUGGAAUAACUGCAUGUGAUAUGUAAUCAUGCUAUGAUUGUUAACAAAUAAUUCAACUCCAGGGAUGAUUUAAGGAAACAACAAAUGAGAGUUCAAUUCUUGUUUGGUCGUUGUAGUUAAUCCUAGAUGUGGUUUGUGUCAGUAUAUAGCUUUUCCUGUGUAUUAAUACAUGCAUGGAUUAAUACAAACAGCAUAAUAAUUUUUAUUUUA